UAGAAACACAUACACACAUUCAAAGACACAGAUACACAGAGACAUAAGCAAAGGCAUGUAUACUCGCCCUGCACACAGUGAUACUGGGGAGGGAGGCAUUUGGGCCUCAGGGCUGCGAGGGCAGGGAAGUCUGGAUAUUCAAUAACAACCAGGGGACAUGGAAGAAUGUGAACUACCAGAGUUCUUCCUGAGAUGAAAAAGAAAGUCCCAUUGAAAAAGAGGACCCACCAUGCAGUGCUUCAAGUUCAUUAAGGUCAUGAUGUUCCUCUUCAAUCUAAUCAUCUUUCUGUGUGGUGCGGCCCUGUUGGCUGUGGGAAUCUGGGUGUCCGUCGAUGGGACAUCCUUCCUGAAGAUCUUUGGGCCACUGUCAUCAAGUGCCAUGCAGUUCGUCAACGUGGGCUACUUCCUCAUCGCGGCUGGUGCUGUCCUCUUUGUCCUUGGUUUCCUGGGCUGCUACGGUGCUCACUCUGAGAGCAAGUGUGCGCUCAUGAUGUUCUUUGUCAUCCUCCUCAUCCUCUUCAUCGCUGAGCUUGCAGCAGCUGUGGUUGCUUUGGUGUAUACCACAAUGGCAGAACAAUUCCUGACCUUGCUGGUGGUGCCUGCCAUCAAGAAAGACUAUGGUUCCCAGACUGAAUUCACCCAAGUGUGGAACUCUACCAUGGACGGGCUGAAGUGCUGUGGUUUCAACAACUAUACAGAUUUUAACGGCUCACAUUUCGUCGAAGAGAAUAAGGUCUUUCCUUCUUACUGUUGUGGCAAGCCGAGCAAUAGCACCGAGGGGCCGUGUACCGAGGAGAAGGCCAGAGAAACACACGUACAGGGUUGUUUCAAACAGCUUCUGCAUGACAUCAGAACCAAUGCGGUCACUGUGGGUGGUGUGGCAGUUGGAAUUGCGGCCCUGGAGCUGGCUGCCAUGAUUGUAUCCAUGUAUCUGUACUGCAAUCUGAAAUAAGACUGCUUCUACCUCCCCACUUGCUACCAUGUGGAAACCAGGAAGAGGCACUUGGCGCAGCUAGGCAGCGGUGACCCAGGUGGAGAUGAAAUCUAACAACGUCAUUUGGGCUGGAGUGGAUUUGCCUUUGCUGCUCUGGACUUUGGGCUAAAUAGGGACCACCUCUUCCCGGCUGUGUGUCUGUCUUGUCCUUCUACUGGUGGGGCUGGGGAAACAUCUGUUUCAGAGUCUCUGAAGCAGCCAUUUCGGCCCGUGUCAUUAGUCUUUUCUUCAACCCUUGACACUCCCUUAAUAUAAAAGUGGCUCCUGAGGAUCCCAGCACUCGACUGGUGGAUGAAGGCACUUAUAGCCUGGGCAUAUUCAAGUCCAGCAAGGUCAUAGAAUGGAUAUGUAGAAGGCAUUUUGGAACCUAUAAACCAAUGAAAACAUU